ACGGCUCGUUUUAACAGCUCUGCUGAUCGCUGUUUGGAUGUUGUACAGAUCAGCUCUGUCUGCUCACUCACUUACGCACACUCAUUUAAACCCAUAGCUCCGCUUCAUUCACAGGCCUGCUCAGUUAUGAACAUGGCGCCGUUUUUAACGAGUUUUAUUUAUUUGGCGUUGUUGUGUAGUAGGAUAUGCUGUGAUAAUGACACAGAAGAGGAUGAGCACGCCAAACACACAUACACGGUGGAGAUGUUCAAUGAUGCCGUCUCUACUGCUCCACUCUUCGUCAUGUUCUACGCGCCCUGGUGUGGUCACUGUCAGCGGCUGCAGGGAACGUGGAAUGAGCUGGCAGAUAAAUAUAACAGUAUGGAGGCUCCUCCAGUGUAUGUUGUGAAAUUCGACUGCACAAAAGACACAAAGUUUUGCUCCAGUGAACAUGGGAUCCGUGGAUACCCAACUCUGAAGUUGUUUAAACCUGAUCAGGAGACUGUGAAGUAUCAGGGCCCGAGAGACCUGCAGGUGCUAGAGAGCUGGAUGCUGAAAACCCUGCAGGAUGAACCGGAAGAACCUCAGACUGAACCCGAGCCACCCAAAGUCCCUGAACCCAAACAGGGCCUGUAUGAACUCACAGCCACAAACUUCAAAUCACACAUCUCUAAAGGUUCUCACUUUGUGAAGUUCUAUGCACCGUGGUGUGGGCACUGCAAAGCCAUGGCUUCAACAUGGGAACAGCUCGCCACCAGCUUUGAGCAUUCAGACACCAUCAAGAUCGGCAAGGUUGAUUGCACACAGCACUAUGAGGUGUGUUCAGAUAAUCAGGUUCGUGGUUAUCCCACGCUACUCUUCUUCACUGAUGGAGAGAAGAUUGAUCAGUACAGAGGAAAACGUGAUCUGGAUUCAUUUAAAGAGUUUGUUGAUAGUCACAUGAAAGCUGCAGAGUCUAAAGAUGAACCUGCGGAAGAGGAGGAGCACACUCACGAAAUCCCACCCAGCGCUGAACCUGACAAAGAAGAGUUGUUCAGCGACUCACGCGAUGUGUGUUUAAGGUGUGGUCACUGCAAGAACCUGGCCCCUACCUGGGAGGAUCUAUCUAAAAAGGAGUUUCCUGGUCUGACUGAUGUGAAGAUUGCUAAAGUGGACUGCACCGUGGAGAGAACGCUCUGCAACAGAUACUCUGUGCGUGGAUACCCAACUCUCCUGAUGUUCUGGGCAGGGCAACAGGGGGAGGAGCAUAAUGGUGGGCGGGACUUAGAGAGUUUGCACAGUUUUGUACUGAAACAAGCGAGAGAUGAGCUGUAACUCCUCCCUUAUUUUCCAUCUCACAACACAUCCUCCACAAAGCAACACUACCUACAUUUACCAUACUGACAAACAGACUGCUUUUUCUUCAUUUCUGUCCCUCACCUGCUGAAGUGAGGACCAUCUCUUCCACAUGAUUUCAUCUCGACCAGUUGAUGAGAUUAUUAGCAAUUACAACCACAGACUUUUGAUUUUGCCCUUUCUCCCUUAAAAGAACAGUUGUAUGAUGUAAAGAAAAUGACACUUCCAUUAAGAUCAUUAAAUCAUUUAAGGUGCAUAUUUCGUAAAUGUCAAAUGUCAGUUAUAUUUGAGGGAAUUCAGCUUGGUUUGCUAUCCAAUAAGAAAAUAUGACCUCAGGGAGACCAUGUACCAUUUAAGAAAACAAUGACAUGUACCUGCUGUGAUUUCCCUUUUACUCCAUUCAGUAUAACAUACUAUAUGAUACACACUUGCAAACAGCACUUUGACCACAUACGUGGUCUUUCUAUUGGGGUUUCAAAUGUUUCUGUUGUGGUCUUUAGGUUUUGAAUAGGUUGUAUUGUUCAGAGGAUAAAAAAAAAAAAUCAACCAGGCUAAGGUAGUUUGUUAGUCAAACUGGGAGACCUGCUUAAACCAGCAACGGUUCAGAUGGUUUGCCAUAAGUAUCAAACCAGGCCAGUCUUAACCAGCUUAAUGGCCAGCAAACCACAUUCGGCUGGUUUAACCAGAUUUCUUCAGUAAGGAUGACAUUUGUUUAACUACUUUUGGUUAAUUUGUCUUAUAAAGCUUCUUGGUGUAUAGGCAUAUGAAUGGAGCAGAGCCAUAUCAGAUCCCUAAUGCUGUUAUAUAAUACUUUUUUUUUUUAAAUUAAAUU